AUGGAAAUUUUAAAUCUCGGAGUCGGAGACUCUUUCAAAGGUUUCGGAAAUGUUGCUUUUGAAGUGGCAAAAUUUGCUGGAAAGGCGACAGUGACAACAGCAGCGGGCGCAUCUAUUGUCGCCACGGGAGGAUUGGCCGCUCCUCUUAUAGGUGCUAGUUUUUACGUGGUUGGAAAACUUGUAAAGGGAAUCUCCAAAGACUAUGAUAAUAAGAUUUUAGAAAAUGUAGGGGAUUUGGUUGAAGAUGUUGGUAUUAAUAGUGUCACUGGCGGGAUAUUCAGUUUAGGAACAGGUAUUCAAGCAGUUAAAGAAAUUGUUAAUCAUGGUCAAGAAGUGGUUGAUGGUGUAAAAGUUAUAAUCAAUGCUAGUGAAACGAUACAAGUUGGAGGUAAAGUAUAUGAACUACAAUGA